CUGUUCACCAGCUGGAUAUCAUAACUGCAGGAGACCUAAGUUCAGUUAUUAAGACUGCUAAGGUUUCUGCUUUACUCUUAUAAUGGCAGAUUGCACAUUCCUGCUGACUCAAAUUCUGUUCAUCUGCUGUUUUUUGAUGACACAUUGCUCACAACCCAACUGUACAUCUGUGAAAGACUUUGAUGAUUGUCUAGGAAACACAACAAAUUUCUGCCCAAAAUCUAUUGUUUGUGCAUGCAAGGAUGGAAAGCCUUUCUGCAAAUGUCCAAAUUACAGAGGCCAGUGGGGAAACUACUGGUACAUGGGGAACAAAUGUGAACAACUCUGGAACACCCUGGACCUGAUUUUAGUAGCAACAUUGCCUGGAAUAGCACUGGCUCUAAUCGUUGGUGUGGUGAUCCAGAUUAUCCACUAUUGUAAAGGGAAGUCAAAGAAGAAUAGAGACCAUCACAGUGAAGAGAGAAGUAUGACAGAACUUCGACCUCAACAUAAUUCUGCAUAUGGUUUUAGUACUGUUGGGAAUCUGCCUCAACUCAACCAAGGAAAGAAUCCCUGGAAUCUAUCCCACCAGGAAGGUUUUUCUGGAAGUUCUUUUUCUCCAUCAUCACAAUUAUCCAGAACAAAUUCAAAAUUUAUUGCUAAAGAAGGCAUCCAUUACAACUAUCCAGCUCAUAACUGGAAUGGCUCUUCAGGACCAACUAAUCCUGCAGUAGACUAUGAGAAAACUUCUUUGUCAACCACAUACAUGAAGCCAAACUCUGAAUUUUCCACAUACGGGGUUCCAAGAGCAACCUAUGCUGCAAAAAAAGAGAAAUAUUCAGUAUAUGAAGAACCAGAAAUACCUUACAAAAUAGGUCAUGCACAUGUGAAAUCCAAGUACUAAUUUCCCCAUGGAAAAAAGGAAAUGUUUUUGUGUAAACCUACAUAUACAUUUUUGUUAUAUUCCAAGAAAACACUGCAAAUAUUAUUCCCAUGUUUUAAACACUUUGCUUUUCCUUUAAUUCUGCUAAUUCUUCUCUUUAUGCCUUUAAUUUUUCUUUGUUAGCUUCUCCUCUUGAUGACCAUAAUGCAAACCUUUCAUUUCUUCUAUCCAAUUCUAUUAAUUCAGUAGGUACAGAUUUUCACUAUCUCCAAAAUUUGGCACCGUAUUUGGGCAUUUGUUUACGGACAUUUUUAGUAUAUUUAGUGAAAUGAAAAGAUGAGUUACAAACUGUUUAUAAACAAUAAUGAUGGAUAAAGGCUCCUCCUGGCAAUCUUGAUGACUUGAAUUCAACCCCAAGAUUCAUAGGGUAGAGAAAAAUGUAGAGAUAAUGUGGGCAGUGAGGAAGAGUUAAUCUAAACAAACAGUGAAUAAAAAUGUCAUCUGAAAUCUAACCUUGUUAGGAGAGGGAGAGAGAAAAUCCUGAAAGGCUGGAUAAUGCUGCUCUAAAGAGCCAUGGAUUUUUAAACAAAAAUUCUAGUGUUAGAUGUAGAAUACCACUUUAUGAGCUGUUUUUCAGGAAGAUGCCAAAGCCUACCUCCAAACAAAAUACAGGCUCUUAAUGUUCCUCUUGGUUACCCACCAGAAGCUAGUUGAUAAGAACCUGUUGCUAAACAUAAUGCACACCUUGGUUUAAGUUGAGCUGGAAAUGAACUAGAGGUCUCUUUCCUGGUGCACAGUUCUCAUAAUGCUGAAAAGUGUUAUGUUAUGAAAAGUGUUACUAGAGAAGUGAAAGCAUCAGUGAUUUUAUCCAUCUAGGAAUUCUACAAACUACAAAAAAGGCAAGAUGUGUCAACUGAUGCACUAGUGGCACAACUGUUCUAGGAGUAAUCAACAAAUAUCUAUCUUUAUAUGAAGCUUGAUCCACAAAAGUAACCAUUUCUUUGCACUAUAAACCCAGUUUUAAAAAAAUACCAUGGAUGAAGACAUACAACCUACGGGUGAACUUAAUAUUAUCAUGUGCUAAAUUUUCAUGGCUUAAAGUUGCAUUCCAAAUAUCUAUAUUUAUAUUUAUGGAUACAUGCUACCCUUAUCCUUAAUUAGAAAAGCUUCUUUUUUCAAUAAAAAAGGGUGGAUUUAGAGAUACUUGAGUGCUCCAGGUGUGAAGUGAGAAUAAGUGAUGAUUGAAUGUUCAGUAACAGACAUUUAUACACUCUUCUUAGGGCUUAGGGACACUGUGAAAGAAGAGGCAGAAAAAAAAUGGAAGAACUGGAUAAUGGUGACAAAAAAAGUAAAAUAUUGUCUUACAGGCAAGAUACAGACAAUGUGAUUAUGAUCUCAUUGCCAUUAUAGCUUUUUGUAAAGGUGCUGGACAAGACAAGCCCUGUCAAAAAGAAACAAUGGGUUAGAGACAGACUCACACAGUCUUACUUCUCCUUCAAUUAUUGGCUACUGAAAAGUUUGAGGGAAUAGACAUGCCAUCAAUUACAUACUGAAAGAUAAGCUUACCACGCUCAAAUGGAUACCUCCUAAACCAUAGUCACAAUGAUGGCCCUGGUUAAGCUCAGAAAAUCAUAAGAAACAAAUACAUGAAGAGCCACUGAGAUGGUUUGUUCAGUAUCGUGCUUGCUGCCUGUGACUGAUAAUCUGGGUCCAAUUCCUAAGACUAACAAAAUGAAAGGACAAAACCAACUUCUGCAAGUUGUCUUCUUGCUCUACAUGUAUGCAUAAGCAUAUAUGAGAUACCACCCUCAAUGAACAAUAAAUCAAAGUCUUGUAAUAAAAAAUGUGAAUGGGGUAAAAGAACAUGCAGGGAAUGGGGUAUUUCAAAUGUAAUUGGAAGGUUCAGAGAGGGUUGGAUGCAACAGUAAUGAGAAUUAAUUUCAUACACAUAUGAAUUUGUCAAAGAACAAAUUUAAUAAGUUACUCAAAUUUUUAAAAAAUAUGAAAAUUGCAGUGAAAUAUCAGUAUUAAUUAAAUAACUUUGAUUGAACUAUAAAAGGUUAAGAUAAAUUAAUUUGUAAAAAUGAACAAACAGUUUCAAAUGGUUUCUGUAAAGUGAGUAG